GGGUGAGUGAGGGUAUGUGGGCGAUCAAGCCUCUCCCUAGUUGUGCUUAAGUUGUGCCCUCAGUCCACAGCUGUCUCCCCAGCUGCUUUCAGCAAACACCCUGGCAGUCUAGGCUUCCACAGCAAUGAAUUGGUGGAGGAACAAUUUUUGGAUCAUCUUAGCUGUGGCCAUCAUCUUCAUCUCCUUGGUCCUAGGUCUCAUCCUGUAUUGUGUCUGCAGGUGGCAGCUUAGACAAGGCAGGAACUGGGAAAUUGCCAAACCUUCGAAACAGGAUGGAAGAGAUGAAGAAAAGAUGUAUGAGAAUGUUCUUAACCCUUCAUCAGGUCAGUUACCUCCACUGCCACCCAGGGAUUCACCUUUUCCAGGAGACCUAGCCCCACAGGAAGCUCCAAGACAACCAUCAGCUUGGUAUUCAUCAGUGAAGAAAGUUAGAAACAAGAAGGUCUUUGCUAUCUCAGGCUCCACGGAGCCAGAAAAUGAUUACGAUGAUGUUGAGAUUCCGGCAACCACUGAAAUCCAGCACUCUAAAACAACCAUACCUUUUUGGCAAGCUGAAACAGGCUUACAUAGCUCAUUUUAGAAUAAUCUAGAAUGGCUGGAUUGUAACACAAGUACUUCCUAAUCCCUAGAGGAAGCCGCCUCAGCCAUGUGAAAGCCACAGCAGAGGACAGGGCAGCUUGAUGUUCCCGAGGCCCAGGUGAUGCUCCAGAUGUUCCUGAUGCUCCAGAUGUUCCUGUUGCUCCAGAUGUUCCUGUUGUUCCAAAUAUGUCUGUUGCUCCAGAUCCUCCUGAUGUUUCUGACAGUGCAGAAGCUCUGCCCUGAGACUCUGAGGGUGUGGCCUUGACACCUCUAUGGAGGAAGUUUCCUCAGCGCAGGCCACUGGGCCUGUGAGAAUCGACUCAUUUCUCAACAUUCCCCUUUGUUCCCUUGGUGACCAUGGCUGUGGGACAGUAACUCUCAACCUUCCUAAUGCUGGGAUCCUUCAAUACAGUUCCUUCGGCUGUGGUGAUCCCCAACCAUAAAAUUAUUUUGUUGCUACUUCAUAA